AUGCCUCGUGAGCUUCCCAAGUUCAAUGGCGAUCCACAGGAGUGGCCUAUCUUCUACAGUUCUUUCAAGAACACGACGGAAGUGUGCGGAUAUACCGACGCGGAGAAUUUGGCCCGUCUACAACGGAGUUUGGGAGGUUCCGCAUUAGAAGCCGUACGAAGUCGUCUGCUGUUACCAGCGUCUGUUCCGUAUGUGAUGAAUACGCUCCACAAACUCUACGGGCGGCCGGAGAUUCUGAUCAGUUCGCUUCUGAAGAAGGUAAGGAACGUGCCAGCCCCCAAAGCGGAGCACCUGAAUACGAUUGUGGCCUAUGGUUUGGCCAUUCAGAACUUGGUCGAUCACAUAAUCUUGGCCGAUCAGCAAGCACAUUUGGCGAACCCAAUGCUGCUUCAGGAGUUGGUCGAUAAGUUGCCCACAUCUCUCAAGAUGCAGUGGGGAACCUACAAGCAAGGCGUUGCAUAUGUCAACCUGGCGACAUUCAACGGUUUCAUGGCAGGCCUUGUUAACUUGGCGUCGGAGCUCACUAUCGACGUGGACUGCGCACAGAACCAACACAAGCAAGUUCGCGUGGAGAAGCCGAAGCCAAGGGAGAAGUUGUUCACUCACGCCAACGAAUCGUCCGAUGCCCUCAAGAAGGAGAAGGACACGUCGACAGAAAGGUCUGUUUCAAAAGCCUGCUCGUAUUGCGGAAAGGACAACCACCAGAUCCUGAACUGUUCCAGUUUCAAGUCCUUGGAUAUAGGAGCGAGGUGGAAAGCCAUGCGUCAGAAAAAUCUGUGUCGUCUGUGUUUAGUACCGCAUCGGAAAUGGCCAUGCCACUCGAAAAAGGAGUGUGGCGUGGAUGGCUGUCGUUUUCGGCAUCAUAUGCUGUUGCACAGUAACCAGACAAGCCGAAGCGAAUCCGCUGAGACAACGAAGCCAACCGAAGCGAUACAGCACAACUACCACCACACGAAGUCGUUCUCUCUCUUCCGUUAUCUGCCAGUCACGCUUUACGGAGAUGGGAAACAAGUGGAAACCUACGCGUUCCUGGAUGACGGAUCAUCGUCGACUUUACUGGAAGAGGCAAUUGCAGUUCAGUUGGGGAUUGAUGGAGAGCCGGACAACCUUUGGUUAGGAUGGACCGGAAAGAUCGGCAGACAUGAGAAAAGUUCCAAAAGGAUCAGCGUGGAGAUUUCCGGAGUUGGAAAGCAAAACACAUUCCAGUUGAGUAACGUACGGACGGUUCGUGAGCUAGGACUUCCCAGUCAAACGUUAAAUUAUUCCGAGCUGUCAAGAUCCUAUCCACACCUGCAAGGUCUUCCAGUCAAGAGUUACGUGAAUGCAAGACCCAGUAUGAUCAUCGGUAUCGAGCACGUGCAUCUUCUUACCAGUCUGAAGCUUCGCGAAGGCGGAAGGUGCGAUCCAGUUGCAACGAAAACUCGCCUCGGCUGGUGCGUCUACGGAAGAAAUUCUGGAAGUGAAGGAUCCGUGGAACAGCUGAAUCUGCACGUCGGUCAGGAGAUGAGUAACAGUGAUCUGUAUGAUUCGAUGAAGAAGUUUUUCGCCGUUGAAGAAGCUGUGGUCACGAAGCACUUUGAGUCCGACGAAGAUCAGCGAGCUCGCAGCAUAUUGGAGGAAACUACAGUUCGCCGAGGAUCAAGAAUCGAGUCAGGUUUGCUGUGGCGAAAGGACAAUAUCUACUUUCCCGAGAGCUACAAGAUGGCGAUGAACAGACUCCUGGGGUUGGAAAAGCGUCUGUCCAAAGAUUCGGAACUUCGACAAAGAGUGAAGGAGCAGAUCAACAGCUAUGAGCAAAAGCAGUACAUCAGUAAGGCUUCACAGGAAGAGGUAGGCAGUCUGGAUACUCGACGUGUCUGGUUUCUACCGCUGGGAGUAGUUAUCAAUCCCAAGAAGCCUGGCAAAAUUCGGAUGGUAUGGGAUGCGGCCGCAAAAGCACAUGGAGUCUGCUUCAACGACAUGCUGCUCAAGGGUCCUGAUCUUCUUGUGUCGCUAGUGGACGUUUUGCUGCGAUUCAGACAGGGGAAAGUCGCCGUGUGCUCUGACAUCCGGGAAAUGUUCCUCCGAAUCCUAAUUCGCGAUGAAGACAGAUGGUCGCAGUGCUUCCUUUGGAGAAGUAAUCCGGAGGAAGAAGUACAAGUCUACGUGAUCAACGUGGCGAUGUUCGGUGCAACCAGCUCGCCAUGUACAGCGCAGUUUGUGAAGAACUGGAAUGCUUCUGACUACAGCGAACAAUAUCCCAGGGCAGUAGAAGCAGUGACCAAGAACCACUACGUGGAUGACUUCCUCGACAGCGUCAACUCGGUGGAAGAAGCAGUACAUUUGGUACAGCAAGUGCAAGAUAUCCAUGCAGCAGCCGGUUUCCAGUUUGGAAAGAUACUGUCCAACGAGAAGGCAGUGCUAGACCGACUAGGAGAGACGAGUACAGCGAUCAGUAAACCACUGCCAGUAGACAAAGACCGAAUAUGCGAACGUGUUCUGGGCGUCACAUGGAUCCCGUCGGAAGACGCAUUCACAUUCAACCAACAGGGAUUGGAGGAAGUAUUAGGUGCCGAUUGGGCAGCACCAACGAAGCGACAAGUCCUGCGUAUUGUGAUGAAGCUCUACGACCCCUUAGGAUUCAUUGCACACUUCGUCGUCCAAGGGAAGAUCCUGAUGCAGGAGAUUUGGCGAACAGGUACUAGCUGGGACGAGCCUAUUGCGGACCAGCCACGUGAGCUUUGGAUAAGAUGGAUCGAACAGUACCGGCAGAUCAACGAAGUCAACGUUCCUCGCUGCUUCUUCAAGGAUUUCUGUCCGCAGCAAGUCAGCGAUAUUCAGGUCCAUGUGUUCACAGAUGCGAGCGUGUCAGCUUGUGCGUGUGUGGCCUACCUUAGAACGACGGUGGACGGAGAGAGUCAGUGUUCGUUGAUUGCAGCAAAGACAAAAGUUGCACCUCUACGAACGCUAUCCAUCCCACGUUUGGAGCUUCAGGCUGCCAUGAUGGGUUCCCGUCUACUGCAGAACAUCUGCUCAGCCCUUAGCAUCGAUAUCCACAGACGUUUCCUUUGGUCAGAUUCAGCAACAGUUCUUGCUUGGCUUCGCUCCGAUAGUCGUCGGUAUCAUCAGUUUGUGUCUUUCCGGGUUGGCGAAAUUCUGUCGUUAACCAGUGUGGAUGAAUGGCGCUACGUUCCUUCUCGUGAAAAUGUUGCGGACGAUGCCACGAAAUGGAAUGGGGGGCUUUCAUUCGACCCGAGUUGCCGUUGGUACCAGGGUCCAGCAUUUCUGCAAGAUCCGGAAAGUCAGUGGCCUACAGAACGGCCAGGAGAUACAAGGGAAGCAGAUGUGACCCCCGAAGAAAUUCGCCUCGUUGCAGUACACCGAACAGUAGUGGAAGUGAUAGAUAUUGAACGAUUUUCCAACUGGAACCGACUGCUACGUGCGACAGCAUAUGUUCACCGAGCUGUAGCAGUAUGGAAGCAUACAACGAGCGGGACAAGAUCGCUUAAAGUACUCAGCCAGAGUGAAUUUGCGAAAGCUGAAGAAACACUUUGGCGGCAGGCGCAAGCACAGGUGUAUCCGGAUGAAGUUCAGCUGUUGGAAGAAGGACGAAGUGUGGCAAAAGGCAGUUCAAUUCGUGCGCUGUCUCCUUUCCUGGACGAAAAAGGAAUUCUAAGGGUUGGCGGCAGAAUCGAACAAGCUCCAUCGAUUUCAUACGAAGCGAAGCAUCCAGUCGUGUUGCCGAGAAGUCAUCGGAUCACAUACCUCGUUGUGCUCAGCUUCCACCAGCAGUUCCUGCACGCGAACACCGAGACAGUGUGCAACGAGUUGAGGCAACGGUUCUACAUUCCGAGGAUGCGAACAGUAGUGCGGAGCGUAUGUCGUAGCUGUCAGUACUGCAAGAUUAAGAAAGCAGCUCCAGUUCCACCGAUGAUGGGACCGCUUCCGAAAGUUCGUCUGACUCCCUUCGUCCGUCCAUUUACGUACGUCGGCGUGGACUACCUGGGUCACUUCGAAGUAAAAGUCGGUCGCAGUAUUGUGAAGCGGUGGAUAUGUUUGUUCACGUGUCUCACAGUUCGAGCUGUUCAUCUGGAGCUAGCACACAGUCUGUCAACGAAGUCUUGCGUAAUGGCGUUUAGGCGUUUCGUGAACCGACGAGGAGCCCCGAUGGAAGUAUUCUCGGAUAACGGAACCAACUUUGUGGGAGCAAGUCGUCAGUUAACAGAAGAGAUCCAGCGAACCAAGGCCAUCAACGAGGAUUGUGCGGCUACGUUCACCAACGCCCGUACGCAGUGGCACUUUAACGUUCCUGCAGCCCCGCAUAUGGGAGGUCCGUGGGAGCGGAUGGUGAAGUCUGUAAAAGUAGCAAUGGCAGCAGUAUCCGACAGUCCGCAUCAUCCGAGUGACGAGGUGCUCGAAACCAUAAUGUUGGAAGCAGAGGGGAUCGUUAACAGUCGUCCACUGACCUACGUUCCUUUAGAAGCAGCAGAUCAAGAAGCGCUCACUCCAAACCACUUCUUGCUGUACAGUUCAAGCGGCAUAAAGCAGCCAACAGCUGAUCAUUCAGUCAGUCUCCGAGACAGCUGGCCGGCAGUAAAGCUGGCAGUCCUGGAUGUUGCGAGCAACGACAAGAAGGAGGAUGAAGUCGCGCCGGAAACGGAAGUGGUUCACGGGGCGGGGGAUGUUACCGGCAACACUGUUAACCGCGAAACGACGGUGAAACCACCGUCCGCUCCCUCGCAACUGAGCGGCUGUCGCUGA